CCCCGUUAGGUCCUGGAUACACCAUUAUUACCGCAAACGGUCCGCGGCCAAUUUUGCCGAAAGUGCACAGCAUACGUCCAACUGUGCCGAACGCUGCUCGACCGCAGAAGCAUUGGCAACCGUUCAUAACAAGCUUCAGGAAGUGCUAAGCACUUCCAUUAAUUCCCUGAUUCAAAUCAGGAAGAACCUUAGAACUGAAUUUAUUGCAGAGUAAGCCACCGAACGCGCCUAUUGUACUGAAUGAUGAUGACGAUGUUAUUUUCAUCAAUCCAACUUCAACUGCCAGUCAAUCACAAGCUUUAAGUGCAAAGGUGCAGGGCACAUUAAUUUUGUCGAAAAAAUUAAUUCAGAAAUCGAAUCCGUUUGUAAAUCCCAAACCUUCCACAUCGGGGCUGAAUGCAAUAAAGAUAAGUGGCGUUACAACUACUGCGACACCUCCAGCGCCCGUCAAGGGAGGAUUUUUGAAGGUUCGAUCAUUUACUUCACUGCAGUCAGUGCCAUCGGAAUGUAUUACGAUUCCUGACGAUCCACCUCCAUAUAAAAUUACAGAAGUGGACCCGCUGAGCUUUACGACUGAAGAAGAUCCGUUGGCUCUACCUUCCGAAAUUGUCGCAAAACCUAAUCAUGCAAAACCAGUCAGCAGUAAACUUUCCAAGCAAAAACCGAAAACGACCGAAGCAGCUCUAUCACCGAUGAAAAUAGACAGGUGUAUGGUGAUUAAUGUGAAAAGGAAACAGACUCCUCAUGUACAAAAAAUGAUGAGUGCGUUCGUGCGAUUAGAACGCUCAGCGGAUGUAGACAAAAUGAUGGCUAAGGCCACUAAAAAUGGACACAAUUUUGGGGCGGGAAAUAAAAGUGGUGGUUCCUAACAUUAAGAUUGUAUGAAUUUCAUGAUUAAAAUUACCGGUUCAGAUAAAUCCAGUUCUGAAACAGCGAUGCGAAAUUUCAUUUCGUCUAAGGAAAUGUGAUUUGUUGUUUAAUUAUUAGAGUAAUAAUUUAAAUUAUCUUUAAGUUUCACCGAAUGACAUUUUUAUAACUUGUUUUGGUUUCUAAAUGUGGCGAAUGUUACGUUUC